AGUGCCCUGCUUCAGUGCCUGCCCCAGCUUUUUCCUUGGUCUCCUUGCCUUGAUCCCACCCAUUUGAUGAUCCAUAAUUUACCUAAUUCUAGAAGGAGUUUUUAAAGAUAUAGAUCAGAUUGUACUACUUUCUAGCUUAUGAAACACUCCAGGGCUUCCUAUUAUAACUGGGAUGAAACUCCAGUUUCCCACUCCCACCCUCAAGGCUCCUGUUCACCUCUGUGACCUCACCUGCACUCUCUUUACCUCACCAUCUGUGAACUCCAGCCACACUGGCCUUGUUUUCAUUCAUUCUCAUGCCAUAUUCUCCCCCACCCCAGGGCCUUUGCACCUGCUGCUCCUUUUGCCCGGAGUGCUCUUCUUCCUGUGAAUAAGGCCUUUCCUAACGUUGAAAGACCCACAUGUCUCUGUCUCCUCUCUUGGCACACUGUUUCUAUUCCUCUCUCUUUGUUGAGUCGCUGGUGCAGGUAACAGUGGGACUGGCACACAGGCAUUCAGUGCGUGUUUGCUGAGGCAAUAGAUGGCUUCAGGAUCCUGCUGUGGCUGAUUUGCCUGGCAGAGGUGAGGAUUUCCUCCUGUGUCAUGAGGCCUUGAUUUCCAGCUUACCUAACAGAAAGUGUGGCCUCCACUGUCUUCAUUCAUUUAUUCAGCACAAAGGCAUUGAUGGUCACAGCCGCCCUCUGUGGGAAGCUUUCCCUGUAUUGUCUUGUUGAGACUCAGAACAACUCUGGGAGGUGGCCCUCUUGGAAUGUGCCAUUUCACAGGGGAGGCCAAGAGGCUGGGAGGUCACUCACCCCAGGUCACACAGGGAGGUAUGUACAGUUUUGAGUGCAGUAGGUCUGUGGUUUCUGUACAAUUCACCACUUAGCUGCCCAGCCCCAUGUGAGCCCUGCCAGAGGCCCAGGGUUGAGUCCUGCCCUCAGGAAGGUGCCAGUCCAGCGAGGGAGGUGGACAUGUAAACAGUUGACCUUAUCUGGGUAUGAGCAAGGCUCUGGGAGAGUUUCCUGAGGCAGAUUUUUUGAAAGGAUUGCCGGUCUACAACAAAAGCAAUUUUAGUCGAUUUCAUGCCGAUUCCGUGUGCAAAGCCUCAAACCGACGUCCCUCAGUCUACCUGCCCACUCGAGAGUACCCGUCUGAACAGAUCAUCGUGACAGAAAAGACAAACAUUCUCCUGCGCUACCUACAUCAGCAGUGGGACAAAAAGAACGCCGCCAAGAAGAGAGACCAGGAGCAAGUGGAACUUGAAGGCGAGAGCUCAGCGCCUCCUCGCAAGGUGGCACGGACCGACAGCCCAGACAUGCACGAGGACACUUAAGACUCACUCCCUACAGGUGCCUUGGCCCUGUCUGCUCCUCGAUCGCCCGCCUGCCUGUCCACCGUGUGUAAGCACCCCACCCACCUCCCUGCUGACCCACCCACACCCCGCCGUCCAUACCACUUCCAACCUCAUAGGAGCUGAUGUAUUUAUUUUCCUUGAGUUUUUAUUUAUGCUGUAACAUGUAUCAAGCGUUGGUUAAAGGGGAUGUCAGACCCAGUAGUAUGAUGUUGCUAGAUGCUUUUUAAAAAAAAAAAACAACAGUAACAUUGUUCCUCACCCUUCUUCCCACUCCUGCCCCUUGCCACUUCCUCCUUCCUGCCCCGCCCCCCCUCCAGAGAACCAGAGUUGUCUGUGAGGGUUUCACACUGGGGGUUCUGCUGUGGCCGGGCGGCAGGGGUGGAGGCUGGUUGCCUUGCCCCCUGGACAGCUGAGCAGCCUUCUCCCCCCUCCCACCCACCGGUGCAGGCCUUUGAGACUCGGCCUUGUCUCACUUCCACCGGGAACUAUUCCAUGCCCAGACCUCACUCUGAGCAUCUGUGCAGGGGAGAAGUCGGCCCUUCUGGAUCUUACUCUUAAGUCAUUUUAUCAUGGACUAGUGUGUGCUCCGUGUCCACCCCAAUAAAAGGAUCUUUCCUACUCGA